AUAGAUAGCGAGAGAGAGAGAGAGAGAGAGAGCGAGAGCGAGUACACUGCAGAACACCGGCGUAGAGGGACAUGGAGGGAAAAAAGUAGAAGGUUGAAAAAGAAGGCAUCUUUUGAAUCACGACCGACGAACGGCCAACAGACGACAUAGUUUGGAAACACCGGACCCUUUCUGGUUGGUUGUAGGCUAUAGAGGCACCUGUCAGAACACAUGGAGAGGAAGUUUGCAGUGGUGCGGUGGCGUGAAGGGGAGGAUUUUGGGAAGCUCAGUGACAUAAAAACCGAUGCCAUAAGGGGGUAUGAUGAUUCCAAGAUGGACCAGGAUGGGAAUCCCUUUGCCACCUACUCAGCCGUAAUUGAAUGGCUCAUGGGAAGAAACAACGAGGAGGCUGGCCUCACUACAGAGGCACUGUCAUUUUUGUUAGUGGUAAGUUAAGAGUUACUAACUUACUCUAAUUCACACAAACACAAGUACUAUGUGGUUUUGAUGCUGUAAGUGCCACAAUCAGUAUGUCAUCUGACAACUAUGUCAAAAAUGAACUAAAAAUUUAACUAUGUUAAAAAUGAGAUGAGAUAAUAACACUUUGACAGUUGAAACCAGGUUGAAUAAAGCUUUUUGAAUAGUUGUUUAUGUCAGGUGUCAUGUAUACCUUAUGCAUAACCCCCUGAAUAUUUGCAUAGAGUAUACAUAGGGUAUGCAAGUAUACAAGUAUAUGAGCAAUGCUUACAGAGCAUGCAUGCAGUGCUUGCACUUAUUUUGGAGCACACAUCACUAACUUCAAGUAUAUUUUCAGUCUUAGUGUUACAAGAGGGUGAUCUGGUGUAAUCAGCUGUUUGAGUAUAACUCUGGUCUAUUUGCUUUUGUUUUCUAGCUACUCGUUUUGAGACAAUCCGUAAACUCACUGCUGAAGGAAGAAGAACCUACAGAGCUGACAAAGAAGGCCUCAGUGGCCCCCCAAAAAUAUGGGGACGAUUCAGAUUGCUCAACUGAUAUUGAAACUCAGUCUCAGCAAGCAAAAUUGACGUUAAUUUACUUUUAGCUCCUAUGCAAUGACCAUAUUUCCCAGUGGUACAAUGUACAUAGAAUGUAAGUCAAAGGCUCCCAGGAGGACAGACCCUGCAGAAGAGUUUCUUAAGCUAUACGGUCAAUCACAGCCUUCUUCAGAUAAUCACAACAGUCUGACUCAGACUGUGGUUGAAUUAAAGCAGGAGAUCAAGGACCUGAAAGAAGAGAACGCAAAGUUGAAGGAGAUUGUUCUUCAAGAUGUGCCAGGACUCCUACUGAGCUUGAGGAAUAUAAUAGAUUCGGCUGCACCUCCUAAGAGAUCCAGGGUGGAGCCUACCACAGCAUUACCGGCCCUUCCAGGGUCUCCGCAGUCCAGGUCCAGUUCUCCAUGUGCCACUUCGCUGUCCCUCCCCAGAUCUACGCUGUCCAGUUCCACAUCUGUGUCUCCAUCCCUGACUGCCUCCCAGUCUUCUAAGGUUGAGAUCUAUCCUGGGACCGGAGUCAUGGUUGAGAAACUGGCGUGGGCCUAUGCCCUCAAUGCCAAUUCGGCAACAGUCUUUGUGAGGCAUCUGCUCACCGCAGUCUUUCCAGUGGAAAGACUGCUGGUGAGCAAUCUUCGAGGGAACAAACGAGGCGGAGGAGAGGCUCGUCGACCAUUAGACAAAAAUAAAUUGGAUGCCAUUUACACAAGAACAACAAGUCAGCAUACAGAGAGGAAGUGCAGCGGCUAACGGACUGGUGUAGAGCUAACAACCUGUCUCUGAAUGUGGACAAAACAAAAGAGAUGGUUGUUGACUUCAGGAGAGCACAGAGUCACCACUCUCUGCUGAACAUUAACGGAAAGCCAAGCAGCGUCUCUACUUUCUUUGAAGGCUGAGAGAAGAACAUGUCGUACCCCCCAUCCUCACUACAUUCUAUAGAGGGACUAUUGAAAGCAUCCUGAGCAGCUGCCUGGUUCGUGACUUGCACCGGUUCGGACCGCAAAGCCAUGCAGAAGUAUUGAGGACAGCUGAGAAGAUCAUCAGGGUCUCUCUUCCCUCCAUCAAAUACAUUUACAUCAAACGCUGCAUCCGCAAAGCAACCAGCAUUGUGGAUGACCCCACACACCCCUCACACAAACCUUGGCAGGAGGUACCGAAGCAUGUUACACAGCCAGACUGUGUAACAGCUUCUUCCCCCAAGCCUUCAGACUCCUCAAUACUCAGAACUGGACUGACACACACACACACACACACACACCUGUACACCAUCCAACUUUUGCACAUGUCCAGAGUUGCACUUUUAUCUAAUUCAUUGUCACUUUACCUGGCUGCUACCUCAAUAACCGCUAUGUCCAUAGAACAUUAUUUCAUAGUAUGUUGUUUACAUUUAGCAUUUUAGAAAGUGUCAUCUUUUUGCACUGCUCGAUUAUAAAUGUGUACUGGUCAGCGAUGCACUGCCUCUCACUGUGCCUAUUGUCCUGUUCCAUUUAGUAAUUUAUUGUACUGUCCCAUACUUUUUGCACACGUUGCACGUGCACUUUAAGUAGAAAUGUUAUUUAGUCUGUGUAGUCUCAUGUGGUUCUGUGUUUGUCCUAUGUUGUUAUGUAGAACUAUGGUCCUGGAGGAACGUUGUCUCUUUUCGCUGUGUACUGUACUAACUGUAUAUGGUUGAACGACAAUAAAACCACUUGACUUGACUUGACAAAAGUGGCUUAGUGAUUUGCCUCAAUCUGGGUGGCGGAGGACGAAUCUCAAUUGCCUCUGCAUCUGAGAC